AUGUCAAAACAGACUAAAUCUCAGGGGGAGGAAUUGUGGAAGAAUCGAGUUGAAAAGAUUAAUGCUGAACUGUUCACGUUAACAUAUGGUUCAAUUGUCGCUCAACUUGUUAAAGAUUAUGAGGAUUAUCAAGAAGUGAAUAAACAAUUGGAAAAAAUGGGUUAUAAUAUCGGAGUUCGAUUGAUUGAAGAUUUUCUGGCUCGGUCAAGUUUGGGACGUUGUUCAAAUUUCCGAGAAACCGCAGACGUAAUUGCCAAGGUUGGAUUCAAAAUGUUUUUGAAUAUUACACCAACAUUAGCGAAUUGGUCUGCCAACGAAAAGGAAUUUUCACUCAUUUUUGAUGAAAAUCCUUUGGCCGAAUUUGUGGAAUUACCUGAUGAAGAAGCAGCUAGUGAAAUAUGGUAUUCCAAUAUAUUAUGUGGUGUAUUGAGAGGUUCUUUAGAGAUG